AUGGGGUCAAGGUCGAUAUCUGCCAUGAUCCUCAGCCUCCUAUCCUUCCUUAGCCUCGUCUCCGCGCAUAUUGUUAUAACAUAUCCCGGCUGGAGAGGCGACAAUCUGCACUCGAAUGGCACGGUACAAAAGACGAAUGGGUUAGAGACGCAACUUGAUGGAAAUGAAUAUAUAUGGCCAUACGGCAUGCAAUGGUCAUACCCUUGCGGCGGUAUGCCCACUUCGACAAAUCGCACGAAAUGGCCACUGAAAGGUGGCGCCGUUGCUUUUCAACCUGGCUGGUUCACUGGCCAUGGCACCGCCUUCAUUUAUAUCAAUCUGGGCUUUGGCACGAUACCGCCCAACAUGUCCAAUGUCAUGCUGUCGGGCGUUCAAAUCAUCGGUCCGGACAAAGAUCCCUACCCAGGAACAUUCUGCUUCCCACAAGUCCCGCUUCCCGCGAACACUACCGUGAAUGUCGGUGACAAUGCAACCAUUCAAGUCAUUGAGACCGCUGUCCAUGGAGCGGCUCUGUACAGCUGUGUCGACAUCACUUUCGCGGAACCUGAAGAUGUUCCCGAAGUCAACAAGAGCAAUUGCUUUAAUUCGACUCAGAUCACGAGCGACUUGAUUUUUACCACGAGUGACUUGGCGUCCGGUGCUCCAAAAUCCACCAGUCGAUACAGCUAUGCCACUACUGCAUUGGUGGUUCUACUUGGACUGGUGAUGCUAUAG